CUGAUUUCUAUUGGUUUGUUAAUUGGUCGGAUCUUUACUUGGUCGGGUUGGUUCUUCCAGUCUAACUGCAGCUGGUUUCUUACUUCCUGCUGUUUUUUUCUCUUGUGAAAAUCAGUUUUGUGCGUCUCAGUUUGGCUUUCGUCUCAGUGAUCCCGAGGCUUUUCGAUAAGAAUAACCUUUAACUGCUUCCUAAGAGCUUCUUCACGCCACGCUGCUCUGCAGUCCCGUGCACAUAGAGCUACACACACAGAUCCGCUCCGGUCUUACAGCCUGAAUCCAAUUACAGGCUUCAAAGCUGCAGAGGGACAGGAGUUGCAGCAACCUGUUGCUGUGGAAGCGGUGGAUGUGGGCGGGUCAGAGACCAGAGCAGAGCGGCCGGGUUUCUGUCGGAGCCCCCGGCAGCAGCAGUGGUUCGGCCCGGGCUGCCUGGUGGGACAGGCCAAUCAGGUCAGGGCGGGCGCUCCUGUCUGUCCCUCUCUGGACAUGUUUGCUGAGACGAGAUAAGCCUGCAGGUACUUCCUGUUUCAUCAGAUGAAGGAGAGCAGCAGGUUUUCCUCAGCGCUGGGAAUCAAACGCGACCAAAAGGCUGAAAUGGUGGAUGUCGUGUCACGGCGAACAAUGCCGUCAGAAAACGAGGUUCAUGUGGCCAGAAAUUUCCUCUCCAAGAUCUUACGCAGCUCUAUGAGGAAGAACCGCUUCAAGGGGAAACAUGACCCGGGGGUCCGGCCCCAUUCCUGGCACUCCUCCAAGCUGACAGAAGAGGAGUCUGAGCCCGCUGGAUCCCGGGCCGCCACAGCGCCGCUCUGGCAGCCACAACAUGAAGCCAGGUCCAAAGAGUCAACUAAGACUGAGAAGACUCAACACAGCAAUCAGCUCAGCUCAGUGGACAGCAUGGAGAGACUGGAGCGUCCUUCCCCUCCGUACCCGCCUGGCUGUCUUUCUCCGCCUCAGUACAUGGACGGCUCUGAACCGUUUUCUGGAUCCGGAGCUAAAAGAGACUCGGCCUUCAGCUGCUUCUCUGGCAGCUCCAGUCCUCCUGUUUUCCAUUCCAGCAUGUCUGGCAGGAAAGGCACCAGCACUGAAAACAUUUUCUUUAAGGGUCUUCAGAGUGAAGGAUCUCAGCAGAAUGAACGACACAGAUUCCUGCAGCCAGCUCUCGGGAACGGAGGCUGGCAGGGGCCACGGGGCGAGGAGCAGCCGGCAUCUCGGGUUUCCGCUCCAGGCAGAGCCGGUGUCGGCCCAAUGUGGCAGGUACCAGAGAAGAAAAAACCCCAGUCUCCUCCUCCUCCGCCACUACCGCUGUACAGUGACAGCUUUGCUGCAGCCAAGGUGUUUCCAUACUCUGAAGGUCCAACAGACAGUCAUGGCAACUCUUUUGAAAAGCUGACAGAAAACAACCAGAACUGCCUCCGAUUUCAGAACCAGCUGCACCCCAACAAGUUCUUCUCUCUGUCCAGCAGUGAUGUCAGCCAGCCGCAUUAUGUCCAGUCUCCUGCCCACCACAGGCAAUGCAGUGAUGAAAGCCCCUUCUACCUUCAGACCAGGACGGCUCCACCAACUCAAAGUGUUGGGAGCUACUAUCGGAGCCUCCAAGAUCUGCCCUCUAACGCCUUCAGUCGAAAACACACUCGGCACUCCACAGCAGCCAUGACGGGACAGGACAGCCGAGGGCACAGCCGACACCUUGGCCCUUCAGGUCAUCAUCCAAUGCAGACUGGCGAGUUAAAGGCCAGACAGAGUAAAGCUGGGGGAUGGAGAGGAGAAACGGAAAAAUCCCAACAGAUGAACUGUAUGGAGUCAGGUUUCCACAGCUCCCUAAAGGCAAACGCUAAGGCCAAACACCCUACACCUCAGUCCCAGAUACCUCACUGUGAAAAUCAAGACCACAAUGGGAACGGUGUGUACUACGAAACUUCUCUUCAAAGCACAGAAGAACCUUCAAAGAGAGCUAGUGAUGAGAUGAAAACACUCCAUCAGAGUAUUGAUCAUAAGGUUGGUCUUUCAAGACACCAAGACCCGUGGAUGCCUCAAGAGGAUCACAGAAUAUCAAAUCUGAAAACUCCCCUUCUCCACUUCCUGGCUCAAGAGAAUCAGACGUUGGCAGAGAGGCAGGCAGCAGCUCCUACAACAUCUCUGAUUUCCACCGAGGAUGUCUGUGAAACCACAACCAACAGUGGGAAAGCAAGUCGUCGCAGUGACCGCUAUGCCACCACCCUUCGUAAGGAGAUCCAGCAGAAGAGAGCCCAGCUGCAGAAGAGCCGAAGCGCUGCAACCCUGAUGUACGAGGUUGAGGAAGAUGAUGCAGAAGAGUGGAAGUCCAUGGAAGCGUCUGCUUCCUCAAAUACCUACAAGGACCAUUUAAAAGAGGCCCAGGCAAGAGUCCUUCAGGCCACCUCCUUCCAGAGACGAGACCUCGAACCCCUGGGUCCAGAGGCACAGGUUCUUAAAGCAUCCUAUGGGCGAAUCAGGGGACGUAGGCGAUUCCAUCCGGCCAAAAGGACACAUUCUUUCUCAGAGCCGGACAAGAUAGACAAAGUGGGAGUGGAUGGAGAACCCCAGAGCGGCUCAGAGCAACAGAGAAAGUUCUUUGAGACCAAACCUUCGUUCCCCAGGCCUGUGCUGGAGUCAGGUCAUGGUUCAAACCUUAACCCAAGCCAAGAUGACACAAGCAAGUCAGGAGAGACCUUUCCUUCUGGAGGCAAUGAUCAGUCUCAGCCACACACAGACGAGCAGAGUCCUGGAGAAAAGCAGGUUUUACUGGAACAGCAGAGACUGGGUACCUUCGCUGAGUACCAGGCCACCUGGAACAAGCAGAAAAAGCCUCCUGAUGCCAAAACGCAAGGGCGAUGCCACUCAGCAGACAACAUUCUAGAUGCUACUGCAGAAGAGAAAGGUGUUUGCAUCCAUGAGAGAUCCAGAUCCUCACCUUCUGCAGACUUCUACACACAGAAGAUUUCCUCUCAUUGGAGAGAUCCUCAAACACAGGGGAGCAAUUUUCCCGCCAGAGAGACGGCAAGGUUGCCGGACCGCGGCCCUGUACCCAGAUCCGCGGGGGUUUUCCCAGGCGCUGCCGACCACAGAACCAAGCCCAACCUGGCCGGUUCCUCCCUCUCCUCCGAUAUCAUCGGCCCAAACUCUGAGCCCGGGCCGCCACCCAGUAAUUUAGGACUGGAACCUACAUCCUCCUCCAGGGAACUCCUCGUCUGCGGUCAGCCGGACCUGACCGGUUCUGCUGGUGCCGCCCAGUCCAUCUGUCCUCUGCCGCCGCACUGGACCCAACUUCCUUCACCUCGGUCGGCUCCUGUCGAACCGCAAGAGGAGCCGCAGCUCAGGUCAGAAUCAGAACCGCAGAACCCAGCAGUGAUGGAGGCGAGCGGCCAGGUGAGAACGGUUCCGGUCCAGAUAGUCCACAGCGAAGGCAGCGUGGACCGGCGGGGUCAGCUGCCGCAGAGCGCCGAGUCCGGCAGCCCAUCUUCUCUGCCUGCAGAGCCGGCAUCUCCGUUCAGCACAUGCAACCGGCAGGAACUAGAACCAGAACCCGGCCAGGAACCUGACGGAGCCCGGACCCUGGAGGAGGACGCCAAGAGAGACGAGUUGGCGAGGGACAUAAUGGGCAGGGACAAGUCUCUGGUGGACAUCCUGGACCAGAGCGGCAGGAGGACCACCAUGGACCUGAUGGAGGGGCUGUUUGCCCCAGAACCGGUCCUGGAGACGGUCCAGCUGCGCAGAAGGCCGUCCACUGGAUCCAGACCGCCCGGCACCAGCAGGAGAGAAGAGGAGGACGUCUCUGUCUCCGCCUCCCUGGUCCCCAGCUCCUCCUACUACAACACAUCAGCUCCCAAAGCUGAGCUGCUCAUCAAGAUGAAGGACAUGCAGGAGCAGCUGGACGAGCAGGACUCCGAGGACGAGCUGGACGGCGAUCUGGCCAGCAAAAAGCAAGAGCUGAUGUCCAGCCUGGCCAGGAAGCUGGCGGUGCUGCGGGAGGCGCGGCAGAGCCUGGUGGAAGACGUGGAGGACAACGAGGCGCUGGGCCGGCAGGUGGAUGCCACCGUCCGGCGCCUCUGCCAGCCCAACCAGAUCGACAGGUUUCGCAUGUUUGUGGGCGACCUGGACAAGGUGGUGAGCCUGCUGCUGUCACUGUCGGGACGCCUCGCCCGGGUGGAGAACGCCCUCAACACCCUGGAGGACGGAGCRCCCACAGAGGAGAAGCGAACGCUGACCGAGAAGCGGAAGUUGCUGAUGAGGCAGCAUGACGACGCCAAGGAGCUGAAGGAGAACUUGGAUCGCAGAGAGCGRCUGGUGUUCGCCAUCAUGGAGGCUCACCUUGACACCGAGAACCUGGACGACUACCGCCACUUCGUCAAGAUGAAGUCUGCGCUCAUCAUCGAGCAGCGGAAGCUGGACGACAAAAUCAAGCUGGGCGAGGAGCAGCUCAAGUGCCUGACAGAGAGCCUGCCACUAGAGCAGAGGCCGCUGCCGGAGCAGAGGCCGCCGCCGGAGGAGCGGCUGCCACUAGCACUUUGAAACCAUGAAACCUGACCAGGAGGCCCAAUGUGGGAAAACCUCAUCGUGAGGAAAUCUGUUUCUCUGUUUCUCAGUUCCAACUCUCCAAAUGUUUUCUUUGUUCAGCUUCAACAAUUCAGACAAAAACAGAAAUGCUGCUUUGGAACUGAUUGACUUUAUUUCUCCAGAAACUGGAAGUAUGACAUGAAGAGACCAGGUCCUGCUACUGGUACCGGUCCUUUCCCUCUAGGCCCAGUAGGCCCAGUUCUACAUCUUCGUCGUGUUGCUGCUGAUUGUUUUGCUGCUGAAAGCCAAAUCCUAAUUUAUCUCCAGGUGAUUUUAAUAUUUAAAUCAUAUUUUCUAGUAACUUAUUGUAGUUUUUGUGUAAUCAUCGUUUUUAUUUAAGAUGAACAGAGAAAUCAGUUUUAAAGGUUCCAUCAUGCAACAUUCCCAAGUCUCUUAUUUUGGAGGGAAGCCGAAGUUCCUGGACGCUAAUCCCAAACUGAAGGAGCUUCAACACGUUUCAUAUUCAUAUUCAUGGGAAUAUAAUCUGAGGUUAUCUGCCAGCAGAGGCCUGGCAGCUGUGAUCUUUAUCCUGUUAAGCUGCAGGAUCCCAUCAGACCGUCAGUUCCCCAAACAGUGGUUUCACGCAGACUGAAAAUCUGGUCUGGUCCAAAUGACCUAAUCUCUUAAAACAAAAAUCUGAAAAGUGUGGUGUGCAUUUGUGUUUACCCCUAAAUAAACACACUGGUUUAAUAAAA